AGAAACCCUGAUCAGGAAGUGAGUCCAUAGUACAGGUUAAAGUCCUGUUAUUGCACUUGUUCAUGUCCCCAUGUUUCUUUCCUUCAGUGAUGAACAGACUCAGUGUUGUUUCCCGUCAUUUGUCACCUGCACGCGCGGAAUUUCAGUCCUGCAGUGCGCGCGCUCCACGUGACCCUCAGGAUGUAGUGAUUGUGCACGGCUUAAGGACUCCGAUAGGGAGGGCCAAGAGAGGCUCCUUUAAGGACACGACUCCAGAUGAGCUGCUGAGUGCAGUAAUGACAGCAGUGCUGAAGGAUGUGGGACUGUCACCAGAUAAACUGGGAGACAUGUGUGUUGGUAACGUGUUACAGCCUGGUGCAGGAGCAGUGAUGGCCCGGAUUUCACAAUUCCUCAGUGGCUUUCCAGAAACGGUGCCCGUGUACACAGUGAACCGUCAAUGUUCGUCUGGACUUCAAGCGCUUUUUAACAUCGCAGGUGGGAUCAGGAACGGGUUUUACGAUCUGGGCCUUGCGUGUGGGGUGGAGAGUAUGUCUCUGCGUUCUGUCGGAAACCCUGGAGAUCUCAGCUCCAGACUGAUGGACAGUGAGAAGGCCAGAGAGUGCCUCAUCCCCAUGGGAAUCACUUCCGAGAAUGUUGCGGAGAGAUACGGCAUCACCCGAGACAAACAGGAUUCGUUUGCUUGCAGCUCUCAGCAAAAGGCAGCUCAGGCUCAGAAACAGGGUUUAUUCCUGCAGGAGAUUGUUCCUGUGACCACCAAGUUCGUGGAUGAGAAUGGAGCCGAGCGCACCAUCACGGUCACCAAGGAUGACGGCAUCCGUCCAGGCACCACCAUGGCGGGUCUGGCCAAACUGCGCCCUGCGUUUAAAGAGGAUGGCAGCACCACGGCAGGUAAUGCCAGUCAGGUGAGUGAUGGAGCAGCAGCUGUGUUGAUGGGUCGCAGGUUUGCAGUAGAAGCCCUUGGUCUACCGGUGUUAGGAAUCCUGAGAGCCGGGGCAGUAGUGGGCGUUCCUCCGGAUGUGAUGGGCAUCGGGCCGGCCUAUGCAAUCCCAGCUGCCCUGGAGAAGGCAGGUUUGACUGUUAACGAUGUUGACGUCUUUGAGAUCAACGAAGCCUUUGCUAGUCAGGCGGUUUACUGUGUAGAGAAAUUAGGCAUUCCGAUGGAGAAAGUGAACCCUAAUGGUGGUGCCAUCGCACUGGGUCACCCACUGGGCUGCACAGGAGCUCGCCAGGUCGUGACCUUACUCAAUGAACUCAAACGCAGGGGCAGGAGGGCCUAUGGCGUGGUGUCCAUGUGCAUUGGAACUGGCAUGGGAGCUGCUGCAGUCUUUGAGUAUCCUGGACCUUAAAGAAGACUGGAGCUCGAUACAGCGCCAGGAACAUGUGGAGAAUCGUAAAAGUUAAACACUAGCAUAAGAAUUAAUCUCUGGCUUUCGUCAGAUUGGACUGAGACUUUAAAAAAACUAUGAUUUAAGAGUGUGUAAUUAGGUAAUUACUUAAGUAAUAGAUAACAACUAAUGGAAGUCUAAGACAGGAAAGCCAUCCAGAAGCAAAAUGUCUUAAUGUACUGUAGCUCAAAAAUGUACAGUCUACUAGACUUUAUCCUUGUUUUGGAAAUAUCUGCAUUACCACAUGACCUACAAACCUGUCUGUGUUUGCAGAGAGCUUAUUACAUGAGAUCAUUUAUGCUUGUGCCAGAAUGUUGAGAUUCAACGAAUAGACGGCACAAAAGAAAGGUUACAUAUUUUAGUUUUUUUUGUUUUUUUUUUAAUGAGACUGGGUUCAAAUCAUUCAAAUCAAAGAAAGCUCUGGGCAUGGUUUCUGGUGAGAUGGACCUGUAUUACUCCGUAAACUAAGUAGCCGAGAUUGUUUUUCAGGGAUAAAUGAAAUCCAUCUAUCCAUUUAUUCCUGCUCACUAAAUAUUUCAAAAUGUGCCUCAGGGAUUAAAAAAUCCAUCCCUCCAUCGCUUAUUCCCUCCCUUCCUUUGGUCAUUAUAAGCCUGAAUAGUGAUUUACAAACCUUGUGAUUGUAUUCUAUAAAGUUUUGUGUGUUUAAUGUUUGCACAUACAGUUGUAGUUUUUAUUCGAAGGCACCUGAACAUGAUGCUCUCCCUACUGCGGCUCUUCUGAGCCAAGAUAUUUACAGAGAUUAUUCAAUAAAAAGUGAUUAUUCCACAUAGAGGCUAAAUUCUACAACAAGACUAAAAUAUUGCUGAGAUGUUACAAAUCUUCAGAGACCAAAUUCGCUUUGUCGUUUGUAAAAUCUUAUUUGAUCGACUAACAGAAAAGUAAAAGUAGAAUAUUUUGCUAAUAAAUACCAAUGGAGAUAAA